AUGCGAUUCUUUCUUCUUCUAUUUCUUAUUAGUCUAACUCAAGCAGUUUCUUUGCGACAGAAUCAUUGUUAUAGCUGUAUGUCUACAGGCUAUGAAGAAUAUUUUUAUAAAGGACUCGACAGGUUUUUCACGACACCCAAAAACUUUUCCUCUCAAUGUGAUGAACCGAUGAAUACUCGUGAUAUGCAUGUUACUUCAUGUCGGACAAUCUGUUUAACUGUUCAACAAGAUUUAUAUAUACUUGGUCAACCAACUGGACGACGACUGACUAUGCGUGGAUGUGCUUUAACGUUAGCUCGUCGAGGACUCAAUAACCAUACAUUAGCUAUGUUUGAUCGUUAUGAUAUCUGUCGUGAAAUGUCAGCAGCUGAUCUUUUUCGUCAUGAACGAUCUGAUUCACAACGUGUACGAGUCUGUAGUUGUUUGGGAGAUCGAUGUAAUAGUGCGUUAUCUGCAUAA